AUGAACGCUCCUUACAAGCUUAGAGUGGCAGCAAAUGAGGCUAAGAGGCAACAAGAAGCAGCUAAGAGUAUGAAGCGAGAAAACUUGAAGAAGAAAGAAAUGGAGUUAGGGAAUUAUAGAAUGAGUUCAAAAAAGUAUUUCUCUUGUUCCAAUUUGUAUGUAGCUGGCUUAUCUAUCAGGAGUGCACAGCCACAAUUAGGUUGGGUUUCUGGUGUAUCUUUGGCAAGUAUCUCCUUGAUUGAUAUGCUUGGUGUUGCUUUCCUUGUUUAUUCCAAUCAAGCCGUUUUGCAUAUUCUUGCUGAUUUAUUGAUCUUGGACUGGUGCCCUAAGUACAAUGGGUCGUGUGGCAACUUCCUCGAUAACUGUGAAAGGCGGUUUAUUUCUUUCUUUGCUAUUUAUUGGGUGUGCAGGCUCUUGUCUAAUUACUUCAUUGCUUUGCCCCAAUUUCAAUUUUCAUCAGUGAGUAAAUUGAAGCAGCGUUCCCAGUCUUCGUCCCUGAUAGACAAGUUGUACGAGUUGAGUGCAGACGAGAGAUCCUUCAUCAAAUUGACGCAGCCAGAAGCGGUUAUCCAGAUCAAGUCAUUGGACAAUUCUGAUUCUGAGCAGAAAGUUGCCCCAGCUAUGUCUCAAGAUACUUCGAGAUCACUAAGGUCUCAUGACCUUCUUAGCUCGUCUUCUAUCUUAGGUCGCCUUAAGUCUCGUUCUUCUCCUCAAACUUCUUGGAAUGUUCCCAUUAAAAUGGUUGUUCCAAAGGGUGGUCCUCCUCCACCUCCGCCUCGCACUAAUCUCAAGAGGAAACUGGAGAUGCCUAUUGAUGUUGACGAUGUUGACUUCUCUUUUGAUUCCUUGGCUCCACAUGUGGACACUCUGUUGUUUCCAUCCUUCAAGGAUCGUCAGUCCUCGCAGACCUUUGCUGACCUCUCUCAAGAGGCUGCUGUGCAGUCCUUCCAUAGCCUUCAGUCUUGCCUGGGUGUACUGGGUAAGGUGUCAAAGUUUACUCGGGUGUAUGAGGCUAUGAAGAAGGAACGUGAUGCCCUUUCUGGCAAAUCCAAGGCUGCUACAGAUGCUCUGAAGGCUGAACGGACUAAGCAUAGGGAGUGUAUUGCUGAACGUGAUGGGCUGAAAGGAACCUUGAAGGAGGAUGCGAAUGAGGCUGUUGAUGCUGCGACAUACUACUUUGGGAAGGCACGUCUUGAAAUGAUGGAGGAGUUUCAGCAAGGAAAGCACGAAGCUUGGGAUUAUGAUGCUGACAAGCUAAGGCUGCCUUUGAGAAAGCAUUUCCUGAAGGGAUUGCUGCUCCUGGCUCAUUGCUGCUGAGUUUUGCUGACGAGGAAGUGAACUCUCCUCAUAACGAUGAAGUUAAGGAUGCCCCAAAGAGUAUGAAGCCUGUUGUGGAGGAGGUGGUCCCUGCUGACAAUAUGGGGGAGAAUUAGUUUCAGUGGUGUUGUGUCACCUUUAAAAAAAAUUUGUUCACUUUGAAGGAUGUUUAUUUUUACUGGCUUAGUGCAGUUGGAUAAUUUUAUUUUGUCUUUGUGCUACACUUUUGUAGUUGGAUAAUUUGUCUGUUUUGUUGCUUUGCAACUAAGUAAUUCUGUCUCUUUUGCUAUGUUGAUCUGUAUUUAUGUUUCUUACUGUAUCAUUGUCGUAUUACAGUCGUACUGCUGUUGUAUUACAGUUGUAUUACAAUUGUAAUAUGAAUAUAGUGUUGCUUACAUGUGUUUGCUUGUUAUGCAGGGAUGAUUAACCAUUUCUCUGUGAUGACCUGUUGCGCUCUUGCCUAGUAGUGUAGGUGUUGUUCCUUGCAAAACAGAAUAAUGUGAGGGGUGGCUGUGGGUUUCCCCAACGGCCCUCCGAUGCCAAAGUCAGUACUCGUAAUGAUCAUAAAUUGAAUUGACAAAGUGUGAGUAGAGAGGAGUACCUUUCGUGCUGAUUUGGCUGUUGGAGAUUUUUGUGUUUUUUCUGUUUUUCUUCUUUCUUUUUUUCGGUUUUUUGCUUUUUUCUGUUUUUUUGUGUUUUUUUUUUUGUAAAAAGAGACAAUAUUGAAAUGAUAACUACGUACCUUCGCUCCCCAUAAAUGAUAUAGCUUUAACUGCGCUGCAUUCCAGCUUCGUUGUACCUCUUUUCCUUCUGCAUUUCCGAGUCUGUAGGCUCCAUUACCUACCACCUUAGUGAUCUCGUAAGGUCAUUCCCAGUUGGGUGCUAAUUUCCCUGCAUUUACUUCCUUGGUAUUUUCGUAUACCUUUCUGAGAACCCAAUCUCCCAGCUUGAAGACUUUUGUUCUGACAUUCUUGUUGAAGGAUCUUGCUACUUCUUGCUGAUAUGCUGCCAUUCUCAUUUGUCGUCUUCUCUAAGUUCUUUGAUGUAUCCAUU